ACGGAAAAUUAAAAUUAUAAAAUCCUGAUGGAAAAUUGAGUGAAAAAUCGAAGACGAAAAGAGAGAAAAAUUUUUUUAUAGUGUAGUGAAAAAUUGUGAAAAUUUGUAGACUGGCGAAUAUAGUCUUAUCUAAAGUGUUUUACGCAAUCAGAACAAUCAUAACAAGUGUUAUUCAAUUGAUCAAAUAAUAAUUUUAAACAUAUCGCACAAUAAAAACUAAUAAAGGAGAGGAAGAAUAAGAGGAACAAUAUAACAUAAAAUAAUAAUACUAUUAUUGUCUAUAGGCGAAAAUAAAGGAAGGAAGGAAGAAGUACAAGAGAAGAUAAAAUAAAAUAAAAAUUAUAUCAAAAGCAUCAUGUCAAAACAGAAAGUUAAAGUUCCCGAUAGCCUUCGAGAUGUGCUACUAGAAUUCUCAAUUGCUUAUUUGCUUGAACAGCCCGGUGAUGUAAUUGACUUUGCCGUUGAUUUCUUUACUAAACUUCAAACGAAUCGAGCACAAACCGGCAUUAUUGGAAUUAACAAACCCACAACACCAGACGAGAGCAUCAUUUCACAAGAUGAGGAGCCUCCUGUUAAUCGCUUUGCGGGAGGACGACGAAAGUCUGUCUUCGCUGAACAGUAUGAUCCCGAGGAGGAUAAUGACGAUGAAGAUAACAACAAGGUCAUAUUUCCAAAGACAGACGAGCAGCGUACACGUUUAAGUGAUUCUGUGAAAAAUAUUUUGCUCUUCCGAGCAUUAGAUCCAGAACAGAUGAAUGAAAUACUUGACGCGAUGUUUGAAAAGAAAGUGAAACCUGACGAUACGAUUAUUCGACAAGGCGACGACGGAGAUAAUUUUUACGUGAUCGAAUCUGGCAUCUACAAUGCAUUAGUUGGAGAGGAUCAAAAACACGUACACACAUAUGAGAAUCGUGGAUCGUUUGGUGAAUUAGCGUUGCUUUACAAUAUGCCACGUGCUGCGACUAUUCGAGCUGUAACGGAAGGACAGCUUUGGGCUUUAGAUCGCCAAACAUUCCGACGAAUUUUGUUGAAAUCAGCAUUCAGAAAAAGGAAAAUGUAUGAAACGCUGAUUAAUAGCGUGCCAAUGCUAAAAACUUUACAGAAUUACGAGCGCAUGAAUUUGGCUGACGCUUUAGUUCCAAAAGUUUACGGUCCAGGCGAUCUAAUUAUUAAACAGGGUGAUGCUGCCGAUGGAAUGUACUUCAUUGAGGAAGGACAAGUCUCGAUUAAAAUACACCAAGUUACAGGCGAGACAGAAAUUUCAAAGUUGGAAAAAGGACAAUAUUUCGGUGAAUUGGCUUUAGUUACACACAGGCCACGUGCCGCAUCAGCAUAUGCUCAAGAUAAUGUAAAAGUUGCAUUUAUUGAUGUCGACGCAUUUGAGCGCUUACUUGGCCCAUGCAUGGAUCUAAUGAAGAGAAACAUUGACGACUAUGAGUCGCAGCUAAUAAAAAUAUUUGGCAGCAAAUCUAACAUUGCCGAUAUUCGAUAAACCAAUUGAAAAAAAUUAUUACAACAAACUACGCGCGACACAAGCAUCAAAAAAAAAAUAUACACAAAAAAAAAAGAAAUAAAAACAUUUAAUAAAAAAAAAACUAAUAAAUAACAGCAACAAAAAAAAGUAUAUAAAAAGCAAAUGAAGAGAAACAUAAGUCUUUAAAAAAAGAAAGAAUUAUUACAAUUAUAUUGAGUGUUCUCGCUGGGCAUUGAACACACAUGAAAUUAUAUUAUAUAUUGUAUUUAUUUAUUUACAUAGAG